UGCCAUGACCACAGUCAGAAGGGAGUCACCCAUGAAGAUUUGUUCAUGCAGCUAAGCUAACUUCCGUGGAUAAAGUUCAAAAAGAAAAGGGAAUGAAUACUGUAUACCCAGACAACAAUAAACCUUCAGCUGCAGACCACUGACAGAAAUCUAUAGACCACCAGUGUGGGAAACCUCAGCUUUAAGCUCUAAAUGAUUCAACAUUUGUUCCCUCUGAUGACAGCGCGAAUCUGGGAAUGAAGAACUUCUCAGAGCUGAUUGGAAAUGGCAUUGCGGAGCUGAAACUUAACUGGAGGAAAUAUAUCUCCUGAAGAAGAAAAUAUAAUGCACUGUAAGGAUCUGUCUUCUGGUGAAAAAUUCAAGCCUAGAGAAAACUUGUCCGCUUUGUUAGGAAGAAUGGGUUGGACAAUUUUCUUCAAUUCCAAAGGAUAUCUGAAUGCCAUGCUGAGCUUAAUCUCUGCAGCAUGCUCUGUGCUUCUCAUCUCUUCCUGAUGCACUGCAUGGUUAUUCUGAAGGGAAGGAUAAAGAAACUGGCCACCAAGAUGGUAAUCACUAGUGGAAAUGAAGAAGAUAAAGGCAGUCAAGAAAAGGAAAGCAAAGAAGAAACCAUCUUGGCAAUGCUUGGAAUUAUUGGGACAAUUCUGAACCUCAUUGUGAUCAUUUUUGUGUAUAUUUAUACAACGUUGUAAACUAGAAGGCAUGCAAAUAGACCAGAUAAAACGGCCAUUAAGAGUGACAACAAACAUUGCUGACUAUUGACAAGUUCUUUAAUCAGAAUUGACUCUGUAUUAUAUUAACACAUCAUAAAAGCACUGCCUGAAGGCAGCGAAGACUGAAGCACAAUUAAUUUAACAAGACUUUUUCACACAGUAAUAAGCUUAACUCUUCUUCCUGCCCUCUCCCUUUCGGUUUGGUUUUCAGUUUGGGGGAGAAUGACUGCAGUUAUAUAAGUUGUAGCUUUGAAGAAAUCCACCAGGGAUAUGUUGUUUUAAAACAAUUAAAAAAAAAAAAAAAGGAAAAGAAAAUAAAAUACAAGAAAAGAAAAAAAAAAGGAAAAGAAAGAAACUGUAAACUAUAUAUAAUUAGAAAUGUAUGCUGUAUACCCGCAAAGAUUGAACUCAAAGAUAGCUUCAUAGCACAGAUCACGUGUCUGUUAGGUCAAAUGGUUUUUUCUCUUGGUUUUUGCUUUUACUUACAUUGAAUCUGACAAGCUUUUUAUUUAGAAUGAACAUAUGGUGCAAUCAUGAAAAAAACAAUUCUGUUGAGCAAGGUCUGCCUAAACCUGAUAAAAUGUUGGGAGAAAUACAUUACAUGGUUAUUUUUCCUUUCUCAUUUGCUUAACAUCUGUGUCUGUUCAUACCAAUGUUUAUAAAUAUAUAUUUUUAAUAAAUGUGCUAUAUUUUUAGCAUGAACCAAAUAUUUGGAGACACUUGUAUUCAUGCAGCUAAAUUUGGUUUGAUUAAGUGCCCCUUUUGACAAUGGAUGUUAUUUUCCUCGGCAAUUAUACAGCAGUCUUGUUUGCAGCCCUCUCACUGAGGUCUGAAGCAAGCUCACAUCAUGCUCACAUGCAUGACUUGAAGUUGGAAUGUCAGCUGAAAAGCAUUGCUGCUUAAUAUGGGAAAUAGCAAAACAUUGUAAGGUGACCUUUGGAGACUGGUUGCAGAAAGAAGGCUCUAUUUAUAGUUAAAAAAAAGAAAAAGCAAAUGAAAGGAACACUGAAGCAUCUCAGAAAAUAUUGCAAAAUUCAUAGAAUUUAUGGCUUUCAGUAUCUGGUCACGCUCUCUAAGUACUUGUGCUGAGAGAAGUGAGCAGAGGUUUAUACAGUUGAAAAGAGAAAUUUAUAGAGCCUAAAGUGAGGGGCUGAAGUGAAAUCCAGAUUGUAAAUACAGAGUGUAUUUUAAAUGUGAGGAUCAUUAACUCUUUAUGCUUCUCUGACAUGUGCUUUAACUGAGUUGGUGCAGUGAAAUUCUCUGACUUGUGUUUUUGACAGGAAUGUACAAUGAUGAUAAUCACCAUUUUUCUUCAGAGUUCAGUACCUAUAAAUAUACAAAGCAUUAAAAAUAUGAGACUUCAA